AUGGCGGACAAGACCGAGAGAGACGAUAGCGCUCCAGAGACCGUCCGGGUCGAACAGGCCCAGCUCGACCGGGACGUCGAGGGCAGCCUUCACAAGCCAGCCGCAGACAAAGAUGUCAAGGGUAUCGACAAGGCCGCCGAGUUUUUGAAGCAAGCGGACCACCAGGUUGUCGUCACGCUCCGCGACAGCCGACGCGUGGCAAAGCUGAUCGACUGGAGGAUCCUGCCCGUCUUGCUGGUCAUCUACUGCCUCCAAUCCCUCGACAAGAAUACGCUCUCGUACUCCGCCGUCUUUGGUCUCAUCGCCGACACCGGGCUUAAGGGGGAUCAGUAUUCAUGGCUCGGCUCCGUCGUUUACGUUGCUCAGUUGGUUUUCCAGCCGCUGGUGGCUUACAUCCUGGUCAAGUUCCCGGUCGGCAAGUUCUUGGCCUUCAUGGUCUUUGCCUGGGGCGCCAUCCUGUGCGGCAUGACCGCUGCGCACAACUUCACUGGGUUAAUGGUCUCGCGGCUGUUCCUUGGUAUCUUUGAGUCUGCUGUCGCUCCCACCUUCGUUGCCGUCGUCCAAAUGUGGUACAGACGCCGAGAGCAGACAAAGCGCAAUGCGGCGUGGUACGCCAUGUUGGGCGUUAUCAACAUUCUCGGUAGCUUGUUGACUUAUGGUCUCGGCCACAUCAACUCACCGGUCCUGCGCUCCUACCAAAUCAUCUUCCUCUUCUGCGGGUGUCUUACCGUGGCCUGGUCGAUUGUCACAUUCAUCUUCAUGCCGGACUCGCCUAUGACUGCUAAGUUCCUCAAGCCAGACGACAAGCUGAUUGCCAUCGAGCGACUGCGGAUGAACCAGCAGGGCAUUGGCUCAGGCGUGUGGAAGUGGGAUCAUGUAUGGGAUGCCAUGCUUGAUCUCAAGACCUGGUUGUGGUUUACCAUCAUGUUCAUCAUCUCCAUCCCAAGCGGCGGCAUCUCGACCUUUGGGCCCCUGAUCAUCGAGUCAUUCGGCUUCGACCGCUUCACGACCAUCCUCUUCAACAUCCCCUUCGGCGCAGUGCAGAUGAUCGCCACCCUCGGCGGCGCCUGGCUCUCGGACCGGAUCCGGAUGAAGGGCCCCGUCCUUAUCCUGCUCUGCAUUCUCCCAAUCGCGGGCUGCUCAAUCCUGCUGGCCGUCGGCCGCGCUGCGAGCGACCGCGCCGUGUUGCUGUUUGGCUACUACAUCAUCUCGGUCUACCCUGGCAUCUCGCCGCUCAUCUACUCUUGGUCGGGCCAGAAUACGGGCGGCGACACCAAGCGCAAGGUCACGACGGCUAUGCUCUUUAUCGGGUCCAACGCCGGCAACAUCAUCGGCCCGCUGCUGUUCCGGCCCGAGGAAAAGCCCCGCUACACGCGCGGGCUGACGGCCAACCUGGUGCUAUUUGUUAUCUUGGCCGUCGAGAUCGGGCUCGGGAUGCUCCUGAUCAAAUUCCUGAACGUCAGGCACGCGAAAACGCGCGUGGCGCUUGGGAAGCCCGAGAAAAUUGUCGAUCUGAGCAUGGUCGACAACCGGGCGGUCGAGGACGAAGACGAGGUCUUGAACCAGGCUGAUGGUCAUGUCGGCGAGAGGGGCUUUGAGGACUUGACGGACCUUAGGAACGAGGACUUUAUCUACGUGUACUAG